CGGCGCAUCCCCACGGCGGCACGGCCCAAACCAAACACCGACCCGAACCGCACGUCUCCUCCCCCUCCCCAACACAACCCUCCCCUUGUCUUCCCCUCCUCUCCUCACGCCGACCACUCCCUUCCUCAUCGCCGCCGCCGCCGCUUACUCAUCCCCACAACCGCAUCGAUCCAUCGCUCGCGCUAGGUUUUCCGCCCGACCCCCUCCUGGGGCUCCACCGGCCUGGCUCGAUUCGUGCCGAGGGCGGCUGCUCCGAGCUCUUAGCCACCCGUCGCCGCUGUAGCCCGCUGCUGCGGGGGUGCUCUGCCGUCGGCUGCCGCUGGUGUCGGGGACUAGGGUUUUGGGUCCGCCAGGCGGAGGAGGGUGCAUUGGUUGGCGCGCGCAUGGGGAUGGUGCCCAACGGGCUCCUGCCCAGUGCGUCCGCCGGGGUGACGCGGCGGCUCGACCCCGAGCGCUGGGCGGUCGCGGAGGACCGCACGGCGGAGUUGAUCGCGCGCAUCCAGCCCAACGCGUACUCCGAGGGGCGGAGGCUGGCCGUGUACCACUACGUGCAGCGGCUCAUCAUGAACUGCCUCUCCUGCCAGGUUUUUACCUUUGGGUCGGUCCCUCUCAAGACUUACUUACCCGAUGGUGACAUUGAUGUCACUGCUUUUAGUAAUAGUGAAGAAUUAAAGGAGAUUUGGGCAAAUCUUGUCCGGGAUGCAUUGGAGCGUGAAGAGAAGAAUGAAAAUGCUGAAUUUCAUGUAAAAGAAGUCCAGUAUAUUCAGGCAGAGGUCAAGAUUAUAAAGUGUCUUGUUGAAAACAUUGUCGUUGACAUCUCAUUUAAUCAAGUCGGUGGACUAUGCACACUAUGUUUUCUUGAAGAGAUUGACAACUUGAUCAGCCGAAACCAUUUAUUCAAGAGGAGUAUCAUAUUGAUAAAAGCAUGGUGUUUCUAUGAGAGUCGUAUUCUCGGAGCUCACCAUGGUCUUAUAUCUACUUAUGCAUUGGAGACACUUGUUCUGUACAUAUUUCAUAUAUUCAACAACUCUUUCACCGGACCUCUUGAGGUGUUGUACCGCUUCUUAGAAUUUUUCAGCAACUUUGAUUGGGAGAAAUUUUGUUUGAGCUUGUGGGGCCCUGUUCCGAUUAGUUCACUUCCAGAUAUGACUGCGGAACCCCCACGGAUGGACAGUGGUGAAUUGUUGCUGAACAAGUCCUUCCUGGAUACUUGUAGUUCUGCAUAUGGAGUUGUGCCUCGCACCCAGGAGAACCAGGGUCAACCAUUUGUUUCAAAACAUUUUAAUGUUAUUGAUCCUUUACGUGCAAACAACAAUCUUGGAAGAAGUGUCAGUAAAGGAAAUUUCUUUAGAAUACGCAGUGCUUUUGCGUACGGGGCGAAAAGGCUUGGAAAGUUACUUGAAUGUCCAAAAGAAGACUUAAUUGCUGAAUUAAACCAGUUCUUCACAAAUACAUGGAUAAGACAUGGGAGUGGCAGUCGUCCCGAUGUGCCUACCCCAAGUCUAGUUGAUGUGCGGCCUCUGAAGGUUGUUCCUUCUGUAGUGUCAAGCUCAAGCAGCCAGAGAAGUGUAACAGCAUUCAAGAAAAAGGUUGAAAAUCCUAAGCUUCAUGCUAAUCAGGAUAAUCUUCGUCCGAAUCAAGAUAAUCUCACUGAAGUUGGUCACAUGUAUACUGAUCCUUCUCAACCAGUUCACAAAAGUGACAUACAUUAUCAUAAUCUGCCUAGAGCGGUUAAUCCUUCAGUUACUCAUGUUCAGCACCAAAAAAACUAUACACCACAAGGCAAUGCUAAGGUCUCUGAACAGCUUGAAAGAAAUAACUCAGCUGGAUUGAUGCAAAGUGAAAGGGAUAAGAGAGUGCCAAAUGGUCUCUUUGUCAAUGACAGAAAUGGGCAGAACAGGUCUAGAUUUGCAAGAACCCGAUCAAGUCCUGAACUCACAGACUCUUCUGCUGAAGGGUUUCGUGGAAGGCGGAAUAAUGCAGUUGGUAUGGAAAAAUCUUUGGGUGUUGAUCACAGCAGCAGAAGAAACAUCUUGGUUCCAGAAGUGUCUAGCAACCACAGCACUAAGUCUUCACAGGAUGAAUCAGUGUCUUCCUUGAACAGUUCAUCUCACCCUAGUGCAAUGGCAGCUUCUGACUCGAAUAGUGUUUCAAGCAGCUAUCGUGAUGAUAAUGGUUUUGUGAUGAAUGAAGAACUCCCUUCUGUUUCUGAAUCAUCGGAUAUGCACCAUGACGAACAAGUUCUGGUUAAUUUAAUGGAAUCCGUGAAGUUGCAUGGAUUCAAUGGACAGAUUCAAUUACCAAUGCAAAUACCUUCUCAUAUGUCCGUAGCACAUCCCCCUUUACUGGCUCCAACAACUUUUUCACAAAAGCAUUUGGCUGGGGUUCCACCAGCUAACUUAAUUGGGACACCAUGGUUGCCCAAUAUGCAGUUCCUGCAUGGAUUUGUUCCACCUCCUAUGGCCCAUUACAUACACAAUCCAAAUUUUGCACCAAACAUUGAGGACGGUACUGAGACUGAAAAGCCUAAUACAUCAGAUGUGACCCAUGAUGCUGGCAAAACAUGGCAAGAGUAUGGUGUUGGGUUUUCUAGACAGUUUGAUCCUGAAGCAAGAGAUCCUCACAUCUAUGGUAUUGAUGGCAAAGAACAUUCCUCUUUGCCUAAUGGCGUACCAGGUGCUCCCUUGGAAAGGCAGAUGAAAUUUACAGUUGAGAAUAAUGGUGUAGAUGAUGAAACUUAUACUGGCAUGUUCCCAAACCAUACAAGUAGAGAAGCUGCUGUAGAUUACUCUAAGAGGAGUGGUUAUGUGAAUGUUCUUUCUUCACAUGCCAGUUCAUCCAAAGGCAAAACUAUGGAUUCGAGUUCAUGGGAUGAAAUGACUGUAAAUACAACAAAACCACCAAGAGAAAAAUGGGGAAAAAGAUCUGCCUUUGCGGCACCUGCCACGACCACACAUGGCAAGACUGGGUGGCAGAUGGGAAAUACUGCAGAGCAUCUCCCAGCUGAAGUUAAUGAUGGCCCCAGAAAUGGGACAGUGGUACCAAUCAUCACUGAAGCUUCUGAGAUAGUAACAGGGUCUGAUUCUUUUUCAGCACAAUCAAGAACUAGUCAAGUACCAAAUGAUUUUGAUCCAUCACAAAUUGGCAUGCCAAAUCCAGUGUUUGCACCUUUUCUUAUUGGAUCACCACAGCAUAGGCAAGGUGAUAGCUCUGGACUUACUUUUGUUCAAACAGGUCCACCAGUUCCUUUUGUUGUGCUCCCAUUUGUUCCAGGGAAUAGCGAUGGUUCUGGUCCCCAGUUUGAGAGAAACGAAGGAAUUGAUCAGCUUCCUGCCAAUACUGUAGGUCAAUUUUUUGGUUCACUUAAUGAUGUUCACCAACAAGAUUCUAGUGCUACCUCAACAGUAUCAUCCAGUUCUAUGACUGAGCCAUCUGGUGAACACAAGCCUGACAUCUUGAAUAGUGAUUUUGUCAGCCAUUGGCAUAAUUUACAGUAUGGGCGACUCUGCCAGAAUCCUCGUCCCAUGGGUCCUGUUCUAUACCCUGUUCCGGUGCCGCCAAUGUAUUUACAGGGCCAUGCACCAUGGGAUGGGCCUGGAAGACCAGCUGCACCAAAUGUUAACUGGCCACAAAUGGUGGGCGGUCAACGAGUAUUUCCUGUGAUGCCUGUACAACCGACUACAGAAAGAACUGGUGUUAUUCAGCACUAUGGUGAAGAUGCACCCAGAUACCGUGGAGGCACGGGAACCUACUUGCCAAAUCCUAAGGUUCCUUUUAGGGACCGGCACUCAAAUUCAAGAAACUACAGAGGAGGUUAUAAUGGUGACAGGGGUGAUUAUAGUGAUAAGGAGGGAAGCUGGAUAAACUCAAAACAACGGAAUCCAAACCGUGGCUAUGGACGUAGCCAGUCAGAGAGGUCUGGCAUGAGGUCUGAUAGACAUGUCACUGAUGAGAGCCAGUCUGAUAGACAACGGCGUACUUAUAGAAAUGACUCGUACCGGCAUGAGGCAAGCUCUCAGUAUCUUGUGCAGGGGCAACCUUUUGGAUCCACAAGCUCUAUGCGCAAACUAGGAAACACAGCGCAUGGGGUUUAUACACAACCAUCUACGUCUUCAAAUGGUGCCGGUGCUUUAUCUGGCCCUCCAGGACCACCAUUUUUUAUGGUGUACUCUUAUGAACAAGGCUCAAAUCAUGGUGCUUCCUCAUCUGAACCAAUUGAAUUUGGAUCUCUUGGGCCACUUCCUGCAGCAGAUGGUGAUGACAUACCAAGGUCGACACGCCAAGUAAUGCCUAAUGGGUUUUAUGGGCAAAGACGUGGUCCGUAUAGGGGUGGUUCCUCUCAUUCAUCUCCUGAUCAACCAUCCUCACCUCAGCAUCGUCGGUAGUUGAGUCUUCGUAUGAUGGCUUGAUCACUUGGUUUCUGGCAUUGAAACCUUGCGAUAGCAAUAUUUUGUUCCACCCCUCGUGAUCAUAUCCUGCAUGGGUGCAGAUGGUUGGGCCAUCAGCAGCCACAAAAAAAAAGUAUAUGCCCUAGCUGGCUUCUUGGUGCUUUAUGAUCUCUCAGAAGCACUGAAUUGUUAAUACCGUCAAAAGAGGCAUCAAUUACCGGCAGGUUGUUUUACCAGUCACAAUGGUGAUUCCUGGAAUCAAAACAACUACAAAUCAUGGAACCAUCAAACCCAGAAUAUCAUCACAGAAGUCAGAAUUGAACUGAAGAUUAUGAACAAGGAUGAACUGUGUUACAGCCUGUCUCAUUAAUGAAUUGUGUCAAGGAUAAUAACAGUAUUAGUUUGGAUGGAGCAGGAACAAGCAUUGCUGCAUCGGAAACAAUCUGGAAUGCUUUGGGUUUUAAUGUGUCUGGGGGUGUGUAAGUGAAAGCUAAUAAUGAAAUCGCCGUACCAUUUUUAGGUAGGAUUAAGCUCAUGUAACACAGCAAACUAUUCACUUAGAUGCACUAUGAGUUAAGUGAAUCGUAGGAAACAAAUUCUCGUGCUGAAGCGAGGGAUGACUCCAGAAUACUCAAGGCACGAGUAAAAAGUUAUCCAUGUCAAUCUUCCUCGGUUCCAUUCCAUGUGUACUGUGUGUUGGAUGUCCGCAUGUUUCUCUGCCUGGGCAUUGUGAUGCAUGAAUUGUUUCCACGGUUGUUUCGUC